GAGGGUGCAUGUGGGGAUUGGGAAGCAUUGCCAGCUCCCCUGCUGGACAGUGUGAAGGCAGCCCUUGAAAGAGAUGAAGCCUUUGAAGGGACCAGAGGUUCAGUGCAGAACAUGAGAAUGGUGAAUCGCCACUGGAAUCAGUGUGCCAAUGCCCCAGUUGCAGAACUCUGUAUCAGAAACCAUGACCCAACCUGCCAGUCAAUACCCUCCACUUGGCAAGUUGGCCAGCUGCCAGUUGGGACAUGGGAAUCGACAAUAGCCAUUGUUGUGGAGAAGUUCCCUGGAGUGGAGCGUUUGCAGCUGAAAUCAACUGUUCCAAUGACAGCCCUGCAGCUGUCCCAGCUGAGGGGCAUCUACCAUUUGAGGAACCUCUGUUUAACGCUGCCAAGCAUCGGUGACCAUCACCUUGAGGCUCUGCGGGCCCUGCCAUUGACAGAUCUCAAGGUUGUGAGAACAAACGCUCAGUUUGGCAAUAACAACAUCGUCAGGACGACUGAUGCAGGAAUGGCAUGCCUCAGGGCGCUGACAAAACUCACCUUCAUCAGCCUUACCAAUCUCAAGGACGCAGCUGAGUGCCCUGGCUUCAGUUUUCUGAGCUCUUUAACAGCGCUUUGUUCUGUCGGUCUAGUGACACCUUGCAUAGACAACAUCAGCUUCCUGCUGGCCUUGAUAGCUCUCUCAUCCCUGAGACUGGUGUUCAACGAUGCUGCUCAAGGUACUCACAGUGCUUGCUCUCCACUGAACAUGCUAACGAGCAUAACCAGUCUUGUAGAGCUUGAGUGCUGGCACUGCGCCCCUUGCAGAGGAGAGAUGGCUGGCAUCACCACAAUGUCUGCCCUCACAACCCUUGCCAAACUGCGGCUGUGCAAGUGCACUGCAUCUGUGGUG